UGAGAGACCCAAGGCUCCCAAGCCUGACCCACAAAGUUUGAAUCUCACGAGGGAGGCCAGUGAAUCCAUAUCUAAAGUGCUAGAGUGGUUCAGCAGGAGCACUGAAAAACUAAGGUCUUCUGUUGAUGAACGGGAGUAUGUACCCGACCAUGCAGAACCAGAGCUUCAUCUAGACCCAUGUUUUGAAGCCAUUUCCUCCGAAAAGAGAGGGGAGGUAAACAAUGGCUUUUCCCAACAUCGUCCCGGCGGUCUACAGUCAAAUGCGCUCAACUCUUCCACUGUUCCAAAAACUUUUGAAGGGGAGGUUGAGGAAGACUAUAAAAGAAGGUUGCCUGUGGUGGAAGACAUUAUCAUUCCUGAGACAAAGAAACGGGAGGUAUCAUCACUGUAUGACAUGGUCCAGUCCAUUGUGGACACAAACAUGGCAGGUCAACUGAGGGAGGAGCCAUCGUCCAGUAAAACACUUGAAGGAAAUGUGGAGGAACAGUCUUCUUUCCAAGUAAAAACCACUAAAGAUGAUUACACAAGAAGCACACCAGUGGUAGAAGAACAUAUUAUUCCUGAGGUGAAGAAACGCGAUGCACAAUCACUGUAUAACAUGGUCCAGUCCCUGACCAAUACAGAGAUGGCAGAUCAACCAUGGGAGAUACCGUCUUCUGGGAAAAUAGUUGAAGGAAACAUGGAGGACCAAUCUUCUUUGAAAGUGAAUGCCAGUAAAGAAGAUUUCAUAAGAAACACACCAGUGGUAGAAGAACAUAUAAUUCCUGAGAUAAAGUCAAAUGAUGCAUCAUCACUAUAUAACAUGAUCCAAUCUAUGGUUGACAUAGAGAGAUCUAAUCAACCAACAGAAGAGCCAUCAGUGGAUGAAGGUGAUCAAUAUGAAGCAUUCUCAUUUGAAGAAUAUGAUGUAGAAGAAGAACCUGAACCUGAUGGCACGUAUGAAAUUGCACACACUGCCCAUGAGGAGAAAAAUGUGUUUGAUAUUCCGGACACUGUUUUGAGGGAAUUAGACAUUGAAAAAGAAAAAUCCCCAAGAGAAGUUAAUGAAAAAGAAUCAGCAAAAAAAAUAGCCAACUUAAGAACAUUCUGGGAAAAAGAGAACAGUGCACCUAAAAUAACAACAGUGAAGAAGUUAGAUUCCCCACAGGAGGAACAAAUAAACAGGAGCAGUUUUCAGGAAUUUGUUGAGCAUGAAAACAGCGCGUUGAAAAAUAAUGCAAACCCUAGUACAGCACAACAGGAUUUCACUUUUCAGCCUCAUGCACAUAAAAAUAGGGAUGAAAUAGGAAAUUAUGAAGGAAGCAGGGUUAAGGAUGCUGAAGAAUCUUCUACUCCCUCCCUACAAUGGAGAACUUCAUUUGAUAUACCAGCCUCCAGUGAGGAUCAGACUGAAAUCGUACAUGCAUCUAAAUUCUACUGUGACAACUCUGAUAUCGAAGAUGAAGACACCAUUACUCCAGUCGAGGAAGGCAGGAACUCCAUUUCACUAGAAAAUAAGCCACUGACAGAAGUUGAAUGCAUAGAGAAUAGCACAAUCACCCCUAAAUCCAUUCAUUUAGGUGGGGAAGUGUACACUGUGCAGUCCAGUGACGAAGAUAAAAGCAAGGAUAAUCACAAUUCAGUGUAUUUGUCAAAAUAUACUACACAUGUGAAACAAAGCAGUCCAGUACCGCUUGUGCAAAACGUCUCAAGCAAAGAAGACAGCCAGAUGGGCAAAAUAAGGAACCUGAAGUCCUUCUGGGAGAAGGAGAAAAGCGAACCCAAAACCAUUGCUGUCAAACAGAAGGUUGCCAAGGAAACUGAUGAAUCUAGAAGCAAAGAGUUAGGUAAAAGAUUUGCCACCUUGGAGUUAGGUCUCAGCAUGAAAGAGAGUGAACCUGACCAUGGUUUUGACAGAUACGGGGCAUCCUCGGUUUCCAGUCAAAAGCCCCAUUUCACAGUUCAGACAAUGAAGGAUAGAAUGCAAGGUGAACAUAAGGAUCGCAUUACUAGCUCAUCACAAUUUCAGAACCUCAAGGACUUCUGGAGUAAAGGACCUGAAGACCUAGGCAGGCCAACUCUUAUAACGAUGGCUCCCUCUAACACUGACAAUACAUCUGGUGAUCUAGAAAGCACAAGUCCCACUAGCCAUGGGCCAAAGAUUCAAGAAACAGUUAACCUGUUGCGACAACAGCAGCUGUCCCCUACAGAGGAAAAGAAGAUAUUAAAUCCCCGUUUUUACCCCAAAGUUCUGCCCACAGAAGCUGCAGAGAUUCAGGUCAAAUCCUUUCGAGGGGAACAAUGCCAGAUUCCCAGAGAUCUUUCUGAACCUAAGAAAGAACAGUUGGUGGAAUAUGUGGAGAAAUCAACAUGUCCUUCCAGCAUAGAUCAUGAUGCCCUAAACAUGAGUUUGCAAGGAUCACUUUCAGAGAUCUCCAAGAGUACACUGCCUUGUCCUCAAGAUCUAUCUGUGGAUACCAAUUCUGAGAAAAAGAAAAGUGAGAUAGCAUCAAUGCAUAGUACAGAGCUGAGCUUGGGGGAUGAAGGCAUGUCCUAUACUGAAGAGCCGUAUUCCAGGAGAAUCUCUGAGCGAAGUGACGAUGCUUAUCAUUCCAAAGAAGGGAAGGACAGGGCACAAGAUGAAAGCAGUGUUUACCUCCCAGAGGAGCUCGAGCCCAAGCUGAAUGUGGUUCCAAGUGUUUUAAGAUCUAGCACGCCUGUAAAAAGCGAGGACAGUCCAAGCCAAUCAAGAGCGGGUGUACUGCAGGCUGCGGCUUCUUUCAAACACAGAGAGAGCGAAGACGACGAAGGCUCAUCCCGGGGCACAGCGUCUGACAACACCUGGUCUUAUACCGGUUUUGAUGAAGAGAAUAACCCCGUUAUGAUGGCCCUGAGAAGAAGUGCGUCAAAGCCCAUGUCUUCUUCCAAAAGUCUAGAGGACAUUAUGUCAGCCUCGUCAAACGAAAGAAGUCUAAACAAUGCCAGAGGAGAAUUAGUACUUAGUGCAGAAGAUGAUCAGCAUUCCAAGGUUCAACAAAUCCCAAAAGAAAUCAUGUCAGGAUUUUCCACAGUGCCUUCCCACCCAGUCUCGCUGUCCUUGGAUUCAAAGAAGAUGAAGGAAAUGAGCAUGUCGGUGCCUGCUUUCCUGCAGCAAGAGAGCGAUGGGACUGACUCAACCUCAGAAAGCAGUUUCCACAUUGGCAGACACAAGAAGACCGCCAGCUCUCUAACAAAUCUUAGCAACUCCUCUGGCAUGGCAUCAAUGUCCUCUGUCAGCAGUAGUGUCAUGAGUAUCUACAGUGGAGAUUUCGGAAACGUGGACGUCAAAGGGAACAUACAGUUCACCAUCGAUUAUGUGAGCCAGUUGAAGGAGUUCCAUAUCUUUGUGGUCCAGUGCAAAGACCUGGCAGAGGCAGAUGUAAAGAAACACCACUCUCACCCGUAUGUUAAAAGUUACCUGCUCCCCGAUAAAGCUAAAAUGGGCAAAAGGAAGACAGCAGUGAAAAAGAAGACUUUGAACCCAACCUACAAUGAGAUACUGAGGUACAAAAUUGACAAGGAGACCCUCAUGACCCAAACACUCAACUUGUCUGUUUGGCACAAUGACACUUUUGGACGCAACAGCUUCCUGGGUGAGGUGGAUGUGGACUUGUCGACAUGGAACUGGGACAACAAGCAGAUGAACUGGUUCCCACUUAAACCAAGGGCUCCCUCAGGCAGCCAAAACCUGGAGCACAGAGGGGAGAUGAGAAUAGCCCUCCGCUUCAUCCCACAGGUCUCCCAAAGUAAAAAGAAGCCCAACACAGGGGAGGUACACAUCUGGGUGAAGGACUGCAAGGGCUUGCCAGCGCUGAGGGCAAGUGGCGUCGACCCCUUUGUAAAAUGUUCGGUGCUCCCAGACACCAGCAGGAAGAGCCGUCAGAAGACAAGGGUUCUGAAGAAGACGUCGAACCCCCUUUUCAAUCAUACCAUGGUGUAUGAUGGGUUCCGGCCUGAGGACCUCAAAGAGGCCUGUGUUGAGUUGACAGUGUGGGACCACGACAGGCUGGUCAAUCAUUUCCUGGGAGGACUGAGGCUUGGCCUUGGAACAGGUAAAAGUUAUGGGACGGCAGUAGAUUGGAUGGACUCGAUUGCGGAUGAAGCAAUGCUGUGGGAGCGAAUGAUGGACUUUCCCAAUGAAUGGGUGGAAGAUGUGCUGCCUCUGAGAAUGUUAAUGAUGGCAAAAUAAACAGGAGGACAAUUAAUGAUUGUAUUGUUGAAUAACGGCACAGCAAGCCUGCUAUCUGUCAGUACACUGAAAAUGUGUGUAUUUUUUUUUAAAAGAGAUUCUAAACACUAUUUUGUGCUUGGGGAAAAAAUAUGUAUUGUAUGCAUUUCAAAAUGUCUAAAUAUUAAACUAUAAAUCUUAGCAAUAAGUGGGUUUUAACAAAAGAGACAUUGCUGUAAUCGCUGUUUGUAUGCAAUUUUAAAUGAUGCAUCAAGACAGGAUUUGGUUUUAAAACUGCACACAGGUUUACAAGUUCAUAAUGUUUACUUGACUUGUUGUAGAUAAUGGCUUAUUAAUUUUCUUUUUUAAAGUAAACGUAUCUGGCAAGUAACUACUGUGACAGUUAUAUGCUUUUUUCCUUAUUAUUUUUGGGGUGGUAUACAGUGGAUUUAUUAUCGGGGAUAUAAAACCAAUGCAGUACAAGGACUAUUUUACUGGAAUAAUAUUUUAACUGCCAAAUGUAUCUAUAAAUAAAGUUUCACAGAACUUUAA